AUGAUUGGCACUUGUCGCUUACUCACACGGCUAGCGCUCACUAGUCGGGUUUUCACCUCCAGCUGUAAAUCAAUGCAAAUUCUCGAGACAGUAGACACAUUCCGUCAGGCCCGUUGCGCGCUUCCAUCCAAUGCCACCUUGGGUCUCGUUCCUACUAUGGGGGGUCUUCAUGACGGACACAUAUCGUUGGUGAAGCAAGCGCGUCGCUCAUGUGACUUUGUAGCUGCCAGUGUCUUCGUAAACCCGACGCAAUUUGGACCAAACGAGGACUACACGAAAUACCCACGUACUUUCAAGGAAGACAUGUCCCUAUUGCAGCAACAGGGUGUAGAUCUGGUCUUCUUUCCAUCAGCAGAAGAAAUGUACUCGCCGAAUCAUCGCUGCUAUGUCGAGCCAGAAGGAUUCGAUGACUUGGUGGAGGGUCAAUGCCGUAAAGGUCACUUUCGCGGCGUAGCGACGAUUGUCACCAAGUUGUUUAACAUUGUGCAGCCUACGCACGCGUUCUUUGGACAGAAAGAUGCCGCUCAGGUCGUGCUUAUCAAACGUAUGGUCUCGGACUUGAACAUUCCGGUAGAGAUUGGCGUUGUGCCGAUUGUACGUGAAGCGGAUGGGCUUGCGCUCUCGACUCGAAAUCAGUACUUGAAUCCUGUGGAACGCGAGGCGGCGAGUGUGCUGCACCGUGGUCUUGUAUAUGCGCAGGAUCUGUUCCAGAAAGCAAAGGACGACGGGAAAACGGCAAUUGAUGCGGAAAUGCUGCGUACUGUUGUUCAUGAGGAGUACGGACGUGAACCACUGGUGACAGCCAUCGAGUAUGUGUCAGUAGGAUCGAAGGAGACGAUGCAGGAGGUGUCCAAGGUUGAUACAGCUGAAGGAGCCAUCAUUUCCGUCGCUGUCCAAAUCGGCAAGUGCCGUCUGAUCGAUAAUAUCGUUCUAUAG